UAUUUAAUUAAUGUUAACGAAGAUUUUAGCAAUAUCAAUGGGGACUGCGUCCUUGUCGUUUUAAUAUUUUUACGAUCUGGUUACUGCGACUUAGCGACGCGGCGCGCACUUGGAUGCGUCUGGUACGCAAUGCAGCCGCGCGCGACUGUCGCAGUGGGCGGGCAUCGGGCAACAGGCACAGCAAGUCGCAGCGCGCCUGCCCACUACGACACGACUCACCAGUCGCGUCGCGUCGCCGCAGCUGAGUGCCCGUUGCGUUUUUUCCGUCGCACAAACAUGGCCGAUCCCGAUGUUAUAUCUAACUUCAAUCCUUUAACACUUAUAGAGGAGGUUAAAAAGCGACCAGGAUUAUAUGAACCGGACCAUCCCAGAGAUCGUCUGGAAAGACUAAAGCUAUGGAAAGAAGUCGGGGCUGCUUUAUUUCCUAAUUGGAGUACUUUCAACAAAGCGACAAUGUAUCAUGCAGUCCUACAGAUCCAGAGAAAAUGGCGAUCACUUCGGGACGCGUACAACAGAGAGCUAAGAUCACGUCGCUCCGGUGUCAGGGUGCAUAGACGUGUUUACAUAUAUUUCAAGAAGAUGACAUUCCUCGGUGGAUUUGAAGGCUCUGUGAGUGAGGAUGACAAUACAACAAGCGAAACCCCAACAGAAAGCGAUCCGUUCCAUGAGACAUUUAGUCCUUUAAGUCGAGAGUCAAGAAAGAAGAAGAAGAAAGCACCAAUCUCCAAUUCGGAUGAAAGUCAGCCACCGGAAGAGUUUGAAAUGCCUGUCUUCAACAACGUAGAAAUACCCAACGACGUGGAGUCAGAUGCUGACAAAUUAUUCCUUCUAUCAUUCGUGCCCGAAAUGAGACAACUGCCUUCUAAUAUCAAAAUGUGGACACGUGCUCAGAUCGCUAACAUAAUGCAGGAAGCUGUCUCCUGUCAUUAUAGUAACCUAACACCUGGAACUUCGACGGAGCGAAAUGUGACAGAUGUCAAACCACAAAGAAGUGACAGCAUUGAAUGAUUAUUGUUGACCGUUAGUUCGUUCAACUAACCUUUGUAAAUGGAAUGGGUAUAAGACGUGCUAAUAUGUGCCUAUUCGCUGUUUGCCAUUUUGGCGUUGAUUGUAGCGGUGGUGUGGAUUAGAACUUAAAAACAAAAGCUGUAAUUUGCAAGCAAUCGCCUAUCCAUUUUUAGAGGUUUACUCUCUCGAAAUACUUUUAACAAAGAUGAUAGUAAUUAAUAUAAGUAUUUUGACAAGUAAUAAAAUACGGUUUUCGUAAGAAAAUGUUACGAAUAUAUAAAUAUAUCUUUAUUAACACGUUAGCUGUCAUGUCGUACUAUGUGUCCUACAAGCCAUACUUCCAUUCAACACCUCGCUGUGGCUUUUAAUCGAAUUGUUGUAUACAGCGUGACAAGCAAGGGCCCAUUCAAAUGGUUUUGGACAAAAAUAAAAAAA